CUCGAAUUCAGCUUCCAUCCUGGUCAUCCUCUCGCUGUCGACUCUGAAUCCUUCUCCUCUCUUCCUUCCAUCUAUCCAACUCCCUUCCUCUCAUCAAAACAUGGCGCGUACACGGCCACGAGCCGCUGCGUCAAACCACGAACCAGAACGAUGCUGCAUUUGUCUCCUCCCCAUGCGCGACCCCGCGCGCGCCGGAUGCGCCCACACGUUCUGCUUCACCUGUCUUGGCGUGUGGGCCGAGCACUCUCGCCGCUGCCCGCUCUGCAACGCCGACAUGGGCGAGUACAUUGAGCACGACCUCGACGAGCGUCAGCCGACCAAGUUCUUCCUCCAGCCUUUGGAAGAAGGUUUCACGCGCCGAGUGAUCAGGCCUCCCUCCCCGCCAGCUCCCAGCGCAGGCCCCUCCUCCGGACCUUCUCUCACCAUCGUUCGCCGCCGCGAGAUCUAUGCCUCUCAGCAGUGGGCACGACACGUCGGCGCCAACGAGUGGACGGGCUACCGCGUAGCGCUUACGCCGCAUGAUCUGCAGUCCGGAGCGGAGCGCGCUCGUGCCCUCACCUUCCUCGAGCGCGAGCUCCGGGUAUGGGCGCCGCCCCACGAUGUCCCGCACCUCGCGCGCCGGCUCGUCAAGAUGUUUUCUGCUGUUGACCUGCGCUCCCCCGCCGCUGUCCACCUGCUGGAGCCGCUCGUUGGGGAUACUUACCCCCACGCAGCCGAGCACCUGGUGCACGAACUCACCGCGUUUCUCCGCAGCCCGUUCUCGCUUGAAGAGUGGGACGAUGUCGUCCAGUAUGGAAAGGAGGAGUAUGAGGAGGCAACGAGGGGAAGGUCGAGGUCUCGUUCGCGAUCAGUGUCAGUAGACCGGUCGGGUCGCUCGAUAUCACGGGGAAGGAUUUACUCGCCCGCGCCGUCUCGGUCAAGUUCUCGAUCUCCAUCGCGCGGUCGAUCCCGCUCCGGGUCGCGGCCAUCGUCACCAGGGCGCGGUCGAGGGUACGACUCGUUCCGCCCUCGUCUGCGCUCACGUUCGCGUUCUCGGUCACGAUCGCCAUCGUCCCCUCGUUCAUCCCGGCGCUGGGACCAGGGUGACUCUUGGGUUGACCCCGAGUUCCGUAAGAGUAAACCGCAGCGCAAGGCGGUACCCGAGCGCGAGCGGCACGUCAAGCAGGUGCACGAUAGCGGCCCGUCGCUGCUUAGUCGCGUCGCGCCUCCGCAGGCGUUCCAGCGCGCCGUGGCUGGUGCCGGUAUAGAGAUUCGUGGCGCGGCGGACCGGCGGCACAGUCUGCGGGAGCGUCUUGUUCGCGCCAAGGCCGAGGCCAAGGCUGAAGCUGAGAACAGCGGAGCGCCAGCUCCGCCGAAUACCACCGAGGAGCCCACCUCGGAGCAGCCCGUAGAGGAAAACGGGCACGCUGUGGGCGGCGAUCGUGCGGCCGAGCUUCGCGAGAAGCUACUUGCCGAUCGCAAGAAGCGGCAGCUCCGCGAGCAGCUGCUGGCGAGAAAGCGGGCGCGCAGCGCGGUCGCUGCCGCCGCCGAGGACGUCAAGGCGCGCGCUUUGAACACGACUCCAAUCAAAGGUGUGGCUAGCGUGUCGUCGGAGAAGAGAGCCGGGGCGCAGAUGGACGGAGGGGGUACACCGUCAAAGGACGACAAUGCCAAGGUGGGCGGCCCGGUACCCGGAGCUUCACCCGAGUCAGCGGUCAAUGAUCGCCAGUGAAUUUAGACGUAAGACAUCUCGUUAGACAUCACUUUAGACGUAGUUGUAGACGUAGACAGCAGAGCGUGAUGAAAUGCGAUGCAAGUUCUAU